AUGUCUCCUUUCAAAAUAUUCCUCUUCACGGCUCUUCUCGCGGCGGGGUUUACAUUUUCCGCCGCUGACUUCAACCAAGACGUCGACGUAGCUUGGGGAAAUGGCCGUGGGAAGAUACUCAACAACGGACAGCUUCUUACUCUCUCCUUAGACAAGUCCUCUGGUUCUGGUUUUCAAUCCAAAACAGAGUAUUUGUUCGGAAAGAUCGAUAUGCAGAUCAAACUCGUCCCUGGUAACUCAGCUGGCACUGUCACAACGUUUUAUCUAAAAUCGCCAGGAUCGACUUGGGAUGAGAUUGAUUUUGAGUUCUUGGGUAACAUGACUGGAGAUCCUUAUACUUUACACACCAAUGUUUACACUCAAGGCAAAGGUGACAAAGAGCAACAAUUCAAACUCUGGUUCGACCCAUCCGCAAAUUUCCACACUUACUCAAUCCUCUGGAACCCUCAAAGAAUCAUAUUCACCGUCGAUGAUACACCGAUUAGAGAGUUUAAGAACUCAGAGUCGAUCGGUGUUUUGUUCCCAAAGAGCAAGCCGAUGAGGAUGUACGCGAGCUUAUGGAACGCAGACGAUUGGGCAACAAGAGGCGGUCUGGUUAAGACGGAUUGGUCCAAAGCUCCAUUCAUGGCUUCUUACAGGAACAUUAAGAUCGACGCGUGUGUUAAUGCCAACGGAAGGUCGUCUUGUAGCUCGAAACCAACCUCGAAUUGGUACACUCAAGAGAUGGAUUUGACGAGCCAAGCUAGACUCAGAUGGGUUCAGAAGAAUUACAUGAUUUACAAUUACUGUACCGACAGUAAAAGGUUUCCUCAGGGAAUCCCUCGGGAAUGCGCAGCAAGCUCAUAG